AUGCGUGUUCUUACUUGGGUCACCUGGAUAUUCGUUUCCUUGAUGGGAGCUAUUGAUGCGGCUGCCAGCGAAACCUCAGGUGUCGUAGAAGUAGACCUAGUCUUCCCGCGCAACGACACAUACGCGCCAGCGCCAUAUGUGCCCAUCGUCUUUGCAGUUCGGAACCCCGAACUCGCGACGUUACUUGAUUUGCAUCUCAGCUUCCAAGUCUGGAAUAUAACGAACGGCUCAAUCGUCGACGAGGGAAGCUUCGGCGACCACUAUCGGGACGGAACCCUCAACUGGACAGACACGUCCAGCUCCGACCCGGAGCUCGUAUAUCGCCACUACACAGAACUCAACAUAGAGGGCAAAUGGAUGUUAAACUGGUUCCUGCGCUGGUCUAAUUGUACAUACGACCCUCUUCGGGAAAUACAUUAUCGAGAUUCCCAAGGGCAACGCUUCGGCUCAGGCAUCAAGUUCACCACGAAGAAGACUGCGCAGGGUAUUGAUCUUGUUGACGCAACAAAAGACCGGAGUUGCCCUGGAGAUCAGGGAAUAGCUGUCAACGUUGUUGAUACUACGAAGGUUACCGGAGGCUCCUACGGCGUGGGCGAACAGUGCGCUGUCUUGGACAAUUCAACCGUCACUCCCACUCCUUGCCGAGUCGAUAUCGAUUCUACCGCUGCUUCAAGCAUUGCGGCAGCCUUGACAGCAAGUCUCUGCUCUGAUGAGAAUCUAAUGUGGGUGGAGGCUGGAAGGGCUCCAGAGCCACAGAUCAGUUGCCCUGUAGAUGAGAGUGCCGCCCAGCAACUCCUCGUCGGGGGUCUAACAUGCCUAAUGGCUGCGAUUGGGGCUUUGAGCUAUCUCCUCUUGUAA